UAAUCAUUUAGCAUCAGCAUCUUUGUCGCUUUGAAUAAGAACGCUUGUGUAUAAUUAGUCAAAAAAAGUAUAUUUUGAACACAUCAUGAUGUAAACGAUCAGUUGUUUUAGUGUUACAGAAGACCUCAUAACAUGACAAGUGCAUUAAGUGCUGGUUUGUAGCAGUGUUUUCUAAAUAAACACUAAUCAUCAUAAUGAUCAGUUUUUAAUGUCUAAAAGGAAGUGAGGGAGUGGAAAUGGAAACCGAAGUCAGCCUCCAAGCAUCAGAAGUCUCGUCUGACGAAGGCUGUAAAGGAGACGCAGCAGGGGUCGAACAAGCCGUCACCGAUGGAGAAAACACCUCCUCGUCUCAGGUCUCCGCUGUCAGUAACGGAGACGAAAGCGAUGAGGGGAAGGAGAUGGUGGAACUGAAAAUUAUUUGGAACAAAAACAAAUAUGAUCUUAAAAUACCUUUAGAUGGAACUGGAGCUAAGCUGAAAGAGAGAAUUCACACACUUACUGGUCUUCCACCCGCUAUGCAGAAGGUGAUGUACAAAGGACUGCUGCCAGAGGACAAAACACUUCGUGAAAUUAAAGUAACAAACGGUGCGAAAAUAAUGGUGGUUGGGUCUACAAUAAAUGAUGUACUAGCUGUAAAUACACCGAAGGAAGUAAUUCAACAAGAAGUCAAAGCUGAGGAAAACAAAAAAGAGCCUUUGUGCAGACAAAAGCAACAUAGGAAAGUGUUGGACAAAGGAAAACCUGAGGAUGUUAUGCCGUCAGUAAAAGGAGCAAAGGAGCGUUUACCAACAGUGCCUUUAUCUGGAAUGUACAACAAAUCUGGCGGAAAAGUACGGCUCACUUUCAAACUGGAACAGGAUCAGCUGUGGAUCGGAACAAAGGAAAGAACAGAAAAAAUCCCGAUGGGGUCCAUCAAAAAUGUUGUGACUGAGCCAAUUGAAGGUCACGAGGACUACCAUAUGAUGGCAUUUCAACUGGGUCCGACGGAAGCCUCUCAAUACUGGGUUUACUGGGUGCCUGCACAGUAUGUUGAUGCAAUCAAAGACACAGUCCUUGGAAAGUGGCAGUAUUUUUAAUGUGCCUCCUCAAUUGACACUGAGGAAUUGGGAUCUAGAGCAAAACAUCAAGCUUAACUGGACCCUGUGUAAUGAAUUUGAGGAACGUUUCGAAUUUUUUUUUUUUUUCAGCCAUAUAAAAACUGAAGGAAUUCCAGCGGACAAUUAUUUUUUUUUUCUUCUUGGGUUUUAAGUGCACUAAAUGGCAUAAUCCCUUUUUUCAACCCGUCUCACCUAUUUUUAAGCAACUCCGAGGAUAAACAAAGAAUUGUACAGAACUUACAAAUACAUGUGAAAGAAAUAAAAUAUUAUUUAAGGAAAAUGA